AUCUGCUCAUUAAUAACCUGAUUAUUCAAAUCAUAAUUGUAAUCAUAAUGAAAUAUUAAAAUAAAAGUAUGCAGUUUGUUUUAAUACACAGAUUUUUACAGUCACAUUCCUCAUAGAUCUAUGCGCUUAGAUCUGUCUGACUGAACCCAACCAGAGGAACAGGACGGGAGAGGGGGGGGGGGGAUUAUUUUACUGUAUCUGUUAGCGCAGCAGUUAGCACAGCGGUUAGAAUAUCAGUUAGCACAGCAGUUAGCAUAUCGGUUAGCAUAUAUGUUAGCAUAUCUGUUAGCACAACAGUUAGCAUAUCGUUUAGCAUAUCUGUUAGCAUGGCUCCAGGUCCAGUUGGUAGGUAAACGAGCCUCUGAAGCUUCACUGCUGAUGGUUUCGGCCAUUUUGAGUGAAGUCAAAGUAAGAAGUGAUGGAUGAUGAGUGAAAAUGUUCAAACUGGGAAACAUUGACUGGAAAAUGAGACAGAAAUCCAACCAGUUCAACGUUUCUGUCUGUAAUGAUUCAGUGAAACCAGGGAAUAAAAAUCAGCAGAUGCUUUAUGAUAUGAUUUACAGGCUGUUAGCAUCACAUUUUAACUUGAUCCUCCUGAAUGUUCCUGAGGAGAACCGAACCGACCCGAUUCUGUGGUUCUGGUUCCGCUGAUCAAACUCACCAGCAAGAGAAAACAGAUUUACUGCGACAGCAGAGAGGAACACUCAGCCUGGGGCCCCUGGACCCCGGGUCUCCUGAACCCCUCGGGCCCCUGUGUGCGUCAUGACGUCACAGCGCGUCGUAGUAGGUGAUGACGUAGAGAGCAGAGCGGCGUCGCUGACCGGCGGAAAGAGGGCGAGCGUCCUGCACGAGGACAGGUGAAUCACCAUGACAACAGAGCCCAGUGAAGCCCAGCCCCCAGAGGCGGAGCCUUUCCCUGAAGCCGCCGCCCACUCCACACCUAAACAGGGAGCAGAGGGCCCAGCUCAGAGCUCAUUGGCCGAGGACUCCAGCAGUCUGCUGUCGUCGGGCGGACGCGUCGCUCGCUCUCCGGCCAGAACCGCGCUGGGCUUCAGAACCAUGCAGACCCGGGUGGCGCUACUGGACGGGUCGCAGUUCACCUGCAUCGUGGAGAAACGAUCUCGAGGUUUGCAGCUGUUUGAGAAAGUUUGUGAUCACCUCAACCUGCUGGAGAGAGAUUACUUCAGCCUGUCCUUCAGAGACGCAGACAGCAACAAGAACUGGUUGGAUCCUGCGAAGGAGAUCAAGAAGCAGGUCAGAGGCGUUCCCUGGAACUUCUCCUUUAACGUAAAGUUUUACCCUCCGAACCCGGCCCAGCUGUCCGAGGACAUCACCAGGUACUUCCUGUGUCUGCAGCUCAGACAGGAUGUCGUUUCCGGACGUCUUCCAUGUUCCUUUGCAACUCACGCCGUUCUUGGUUCCUACACGGUUCAGUCGGAGCUCGGAGACUACGACUCUGAUGAAUGUGCUCCAGACUACGUCAGUGAGUUGUGUUUCGCUCCAAACCAAACCAAAGAGAUGGAGGCCAAGAUCAUGGAUCUGCACCGGACCCUCAGAGGAAUGAGUCCAGCGGAAGCCGAGAUGCAUUUCCUGGAGAAUGUGAAGAAACUCUCCAUGUACGGAGUGGACCUGCAUCACGCCAAGGACUCGGAGGGCGUGGCCAUCAUGCUGGGCGUGUGUAACAGCGGGCUGCUGGUGUACAGAGACCGGCUGAGAAUCAACCGAUUCUCCUGGCCGAAGAUCCUGAAGAUUUCCUACAAACGGAACAACUUUUACAUCAAGAUCCGACCUGGAGAGUUUGACCAGUUUGAGUCCAUCAUUGGCUUCAAGCUGCUGAACCACAGAGCAGCCAAGCGGCUGUGGAAGGUGUGUGUGGAGCAUCACUCCUUCUUCAGGCUGCUGUCUCCUGAGGAACCGCCAAAGAAGUUUCUCUCUCUGGGGUCAAAGUUUCGCUACAGCGGUCGGACCCAGAUUCAGAGCCGCAGAGCCAGCGCUCAGAUAUCCAGACCCGCUCCCAACUUCCCACGAUGCAUCAGCAAGAGGAACAUGCUGAGCCGGAGCCUGGACGGAGCUUCCAGGACCACAGCAACGUCUUCUCUGAUUGGCUCUCCUGCCAUCACUGUGUCGCUCAAAGCCAACGGUCGAGCUUACUCAGACAUGGGCUCAGGAUUGUAUGCAGCAUCAAAAGCCAUCGCUGUCAGCGACCACAUCGCCACGGUAACCAGGACGCUGGACGACAGGAGGGAGGAGCCAGUUGAGGAGGUUCUGCUGCUGCUGGUGCAGGAGGAGCAGAAAGAGGAGCAGAAAGAGGAGAGGAAGACCGCAGAGGUUUCUCCAGAAAGUCCUCCGUCUCCACAGAAACACGACACCAAGACGGAGCUGACGGACACCGUCGUCGAUGGCGACCUGACCGUGACCGAGUCUGAUCAGGACGAAGACUUGAAGACUCAGGAGACGCUGGGCAGCCCAGAGGACAUCGUCCAGACGUCCAUCAGCGCACUGCGGCGCUCCUUCCUGGAGGGAGAGCAGGGGGGCGGCGGCAUGACGGAGUGGGACAAACGCCUGGCCGCGUCUCCGCUGCGCCGCGCCGACGACGCGCCCAUGAUCGAACCGCUGGAGCCGGAGGAGCCCAAACCGUCCUUUGAUGAAAUAUCUCCAGAACUGACGGCUCUGCUAAAGUCCACCAGAGAGCAAGAGACCUUCAGGAAACACAACCUGCUGAAGACGUCGGAGAAGGUGGAGACGGUCUUUGUCCUCCCAGAGUCCAGGGACCAGGAUCAGGACCAGGACCGGGACCGGGACGUCGCAGAUCGCUUUAAGGUAGCCCCGCCCCCCGCUCAUCCCCUGUCCCCCCCUGACGAUGAUGUCACAGCCCAGCAGCCCGGCCGUGGCGACGGGGGCGGAGCUAGCGAAGGCAGCGGUAAACGUGAGGCUAGUGAUGAAGAUGAGGAUGAGGAUGGCAGUGAUGAGGGUAGCAGUGAUGAUGAUGUCAUCAGCGUGCUCGCUCAGGCAGCCGUCGACGAAUUGACGGAGGCUGCGGUCAGACAAGCCGGCGAGCGGGACGCCUGUGGUUACCAUGACAACGGAGAGUCAGACGACUCCCAGGAGGAAGGAGAGCGGACCCCGCCUUCACCCCGCCCCGAGUCCCGGGGCUCCACCAGCCCCACCCAACAGUCCCCACAUGAGGACGAGGAGGUAACCAUGGAGACGCAGAGACCCGUCCCACUGAGACAUGUCCCAGUCGGUCCUGUCCCACCAAGUCCCUUAGAGUCCCUCUGUCCCCAGCGGACCCCGUUACUCCGCGUGACCUUUUGGACCCGUCCUCCUGAAAGUCUCUGUCCCAGUGUUACCUGCCUGGUUCUGGUACCGGUAGAACAUUUCCCGAUGAAUGUGGAGGACCGGUUGUCUCCGGUUGUCAACAGUCGGUGUGUUUCCUGUGUGUUUCAGGAAGUCCCGGUGAUGAGGAAGACUCUGACCUACGAAGCUCCCGGGAGCCACGGCGGCGCUGAUCCCCCCGCCGGCCUCCUGCUGAGCUCCCAGACCUUCACCGCAGAGACGUCCAACACCACCACCACCACCCACAUCACCAAGAUGGUGAAAGGAGGAGUUUCAGAAACCAGAGUGGAGAAAAGAAUCGUCAUAUCAGGAGACACCGAGGAAGACCAUGAGCAGGCCCUGGCGGCGGCGCUGUGCGAGGCGCGGCGGCAGCAUCCUGAACUGUCCGUCACCAGAGUCGUCGUCCACAAAGAAACGGAGGUUCCUCCUGAUCACAUGAUCAAUUAGUGAUGUCACAGGCAGGACUGAAUGUUGAUCCCCUGUUGCAUUAUGGGAGUUGUAGUCCCUAGCCAAUCGCACCAAGCGGAUUCUGACCCCGACUGGAGCGAAGAACUCACCACAUGAAUGCAUGCACAAACACACACACACAAACACACACACACCCUGGCGCUGUACGCUGCAGGUGGACGUUGGUCUCCAGGUGAAGCUGUCAUGUAUUUAAGAAGCCCCGCCCCCUCACACACCUCAAGCCACGCCCCCUGGCUGCUUCAGGAAGCCUUCUGAUUGGCCGACUGACUCAGGUGUGCUCCUGACUGACAGUUCGAGAACCUACCGAGAAGCUUUUAUUAUGAAAAUCUGCUUCCUGCCUCCAUCGCUUGCGCAGCCAAAGCUCAGCCAGUAUUUACCCAUGAUGCAACAGGAAGUGCCAUAGAGCUCGGAGGAAGCAGGUCUGAUCCUGAUGGUCAGCUCUGUUGGAGUGAACUUUGACCUCAGUCUGCUGUGGUAGACGCUCUACAGGAGAGCCCUUCAAAAUAAAAGCCCUGGUCGGAGUAGGAAGCUGUUGGGAUGGACUCUUAUUUUGAAAGGAAGUCUUCAGUGGUAGACACUAGUUUCACCUGUUUGUUAUAUUUUCUUCCACUUCCCGUCACAUUUUUGGACUGGGUCGGUUCUGCUUGGCAGGUUCAGAAUCUCGGCGAUCCAUUUCGACCAUCAGAACAUCAGCCUGUCUCACCUGGGCCCGUCACCAUGGCAACUGAUCCUGAUGCAUGUUAUCUGGAUCUGCGGUAAGAGAGCCAGAUUCUCACCUGGAUCUGUUGCCAUGGUAACUGGCAGUAACUGAUGGUACCGGGUCAACUGAACAGGAAGUGGUUCCUGUUGGGUCAGUUGAUUCAGGUGAACCCGCCUGCUGGAACCGAUCCUUCCUGUUCUUUAUUCUGGAAAAACUGUUUUUAUUUAAGGAACUUUGUUGACCUUUGACCUCUGACCUCAUUUCUGUAUUUAUGGCCUCAGACUGAACCAGCACGCCCCCUGGUGUCCGGUUUUAUUUUCUCACCUUCAUCACUGAACUUUAUUAAAAUGAAGAAA